CUGUAUUUUGCAUUUUCCGUGUGUGAAUUUUUUCAAAAAUUAGGUGGUGUAAAUGGCGUGGUCCAAAUUGAUGGUCCAAAAUGGAGAGAACAGCGACGAUUUUCCCUUCAUGUCCUGAGAGAUUUUGGAGUUGGUCGAGCACUGAUGGAGGGAAAAAUCAUGGAUGAGGUAAAUGCUUUUGCUACUUAUCUUUGCGAAAAUCAAGGUCAAGUGACAAUGAAUAGUCCAAUAGCUGUUUGCGUUGGUAAUGUAAUCAACAAUAUGCUUUUUGGAAUGAGAUUCCCUCAGGGCUCUGCCGAAAUGCAUCGUCUUCACUCUCUCUUGGAUAAACAAUCGAGGCUUGUAAUAAAUCCAUUGAUGGGUUUGUAUAUUGCUGCACCGUGGACUACGGACAUUCCACUGUUAAACACAAAAUGGAAUGAUUUAAUGGCAAUUCGUUCUCAACUUUAUGAUUUUCUUCAGAAGCAGAUUGAUGAUCAUCGAGUGAGGCUUGCACAUGGUGAUCCUAUUGAAGAUGAUUUCACAUUUACCUAUAUGCGUGAAAUGGAGGAUCGACGACAAAAUGACGGCGAAAUGGGCUUCUUCGAUGACUGCCAAAUGAAAAUGCUACUAUUGGAUCUGUUCUUUGCCGGCAUGGAAACUACUGUGACCACUUUGAAAUGGGCUUUUCUAAUGAUUACUGUUAAUAUCGACAUUCAACGCAAAGUUCAAGAAGAACUUGACAACAAAUGUACGGGUAACAGAGUAACCCUAGCGGAUCGUCCACGUUUACCAUACACGCAGGCAGUGAUUAAUGUAAGCUGA